AAUAAAUAAAAAUGUUUGCCUGUGCCAGAUUGAUCGCAAGAAACGCCCUUGUGGCCAACUCCAAACAAUACUUAAGACCACUCAGCAGUGUAGUGUCUAGCAGCCAGCCCCUUGUACAGACUGUACAACAGAAACCAACUCUCCUUCCUGCCAUUCGUAGUUUCCAAACUUCUCCAGUAUCCCGUGAUAUUGACUCUGCUGCAAAAUUCAUUGGUGCCGGAGCUGCCACAGUUGGAGUAGCUGGUUCAGGAGCUGGUAUUGGAACAGUAUUCGGUUCCUUGAUCAUUGGUUAUGCCAGAAACCCAAGCCUAAAACAACAAUUGUUCUCCUACGCCAUUUUGGGUUUUGCCUUGUCUGAAGCCAUGGGUCUCUUCUGUCUUAUGAUGGCGUUCUUGUUAUUGUUCGCCUUCUAAGCUAUUGGCACUGCCAGCGUUUCAUUUUUACCACCAAUUCCACAUAAAAAUUUAACUUAACAUGUUACGUCAACAUCGUGUAACUAAACUUCAUCAAGUUUACAUUCAAGUUCAGCAAUAGGACAUUUAUUUUUUAUUAAUUUUAGCAAAACUCUAGUGAAUAUAUGGCGAUUACAAUUAUUUAAUUAUUUGGAACAUUCAGAGACUUUGGGCUUGUCAAGUUAAGAAAAACUUACUUAUACAUUGGCAUAUAUUUAUUUGAGUUUUUUUUCCAUCUGUUAUUAUAGAAAGGUGACACUAUUGCAUAUUGUACAGUGUUAGAAAAAAGUAAAUAAACCACCUUAGUUGUGAUUUUUUUCAAUUAAGGCUAUAUUCGUUUUUUUAUUAUCUUUGUCCUUUCCUUUGCAGUCAACUGUGAAUAAUUUAUAAAUUAUUUUUAAGGAUGAUAAAUAAAUUGUUUCAAUUUUAUACUGACUUUUAAUAAUAGUACGCUUAAUAGUUUGUAGUUUUAACUAAAAUAAAAUAAUUUA